AUGCCGGAGACAUCGGGAGGGAGCAAUGAUCACCUUGGGUCCCUUGGCACGAAUUCCACUUCAUCUGGCGGCGGCUUCCUGUCAAAUACAAUGUACAGCCACCCUAUGUCCGUAUUUCUUUCCCCGCAAUAUCGUAACUUAUCUCUUUUUGAGAUGAAGGGGGAAGAGGACAGCAGGGAACGCGCAGAGAUCAUCCAGCAGCUCAGAGCCCAGAGAGCGGUUGAGAGCUUCUUUAACGAUGGCUGUCUCGUCAGAGCAGCCACAAUGGGGGUAGGAGGUGGCCUCGUGGGGAUUCUCUUGGGUGCAUUUCUCUUCACAAUGAAGCCCGUUGAUGUGAAUACCACAUUGGGGCUCAGGGCCCAGCUGAGGGAACAGUACAAAACAUUUGUGCCCGAAGUGGCAUCUACCGCAAAAAACUUCGCAAAGAUCGGAGGCUUAUAUUCCUUUUCGGAAUGCAUCAUUGAUAGGUGCGGGCAGUGCUCCUCCUCCAUGAGAUUUCUCUAG